GUUGCGUAACUGUCUUACGUGAAUACGGACUGCUUAUCUGUAUUGCGCAAUAUCCGCAAGCGGUGCAGUCUGGGGUUCUGCUGCACAACACAGGGCUGGCGCAACUGGCUAGCUAGCUGAUCACUUGAAAUGGAUGUGUUCUUAAUGAUCCGGCGUCACAAGACCACAAUCUUCACCGAUGCCAAGGAGUCCACCACUGUGUAUGAGCUGAAGCGUAUUGUUGAAGGAAUUCUUAAGAGACCACCUGAGGACCAGAGGCUGUACAAAGAUGACCAGUCGCUAGAGGACAGUAAAACUCUUGGUGACUGUGGAUUCACCAAUCAGACUGCCAGACCUCAAGCCCCAGCUACAGUUGGUCUGGCCUUCCGCAUAAAUGAUGAGAUGUUCGAACAGCUGCACGUCGAGGCCUUCUCCAGCCCCCCAGAACUCCCUGAUGUGAUGAAGCCUCAGGACUCUGGUAGCACUGCCAACGAACAGGCGGUGCAGUGAUAACAGGGAGAGGAAAUGAGCAAUGGAGGGAAGGAUGGAAGUGGGUGUGUGUGGAUUAACGUCAGUGGAGAAGUAGCGGGGUGGAGGAUAUGUAAUAUAAUUUCAGUUGAUGGAUGGGGACAUUAUAGGUAACCAAGCCUAUCCAUGUUACCUUCAUGCUAUCAUCCCAGGCCCCCCCCCCCCCAAUUUGCUUCACAAAUCUUUUUUUUUUUUUUUUUUAGGCUCUUAAUGAUUUCCACAUCACAUGCGGUUCUGCUCCUUGACUUUGCUCUUAUGCACCAACUGGCUCAAACAUUUUGAGUGAAGAAGUUGGUUUGGAAAGUAUGAUUGUGUGUGUGUGUGUGUGUGUGUGUGUGUGUGUGUGUGUGCGCGCGUGUACGUUACUAUAAUUAUUAUCAUUAAUAUUUUGGAAAAGGUGAAAGCGUAGUUGUGUGUCACAGUGCUUUAGAAGUAACAUGCAUAGGUAAGGAGUCCGGUGUCUGAAUCGGCAAACUGCAUGAACAAAAUUCAAAACAAAGGCUUUAUUUUCACAGAAACGGAUAAACCUUCAACUGAUAACUUUCCUUGGGUCUGAUUCUCCCAGUUGUGUUGUACAUUUCUGAUUUGAUUUCAUACCAGGAAAAAAAAAAGUCUUUAUAAUCAUUAUGUGUAGUUUUUUUUCAGUCAUUUUGUUUUUGUUUUCAUUAUGUUGUACUUGUCAGUUCUUUGUUGUAUGUUUCAUGCACUGAGACCAAAGGCAGGGACCUCUUGGACAACAGAGGGAGUUUAUUUUUGGUCAAAAGACAUUCUGUCUCCGGCAUACUGUACACACAGGAGAAGAGUUUUGAAAAUGCAUACAUCACCACAUGUCACCAACCAUCAAUGUGACACCUUCCCCUAAUCACACAAACAUAGCCUGUAACUGUGAGCUUGCAUAAUUAAAGGUUUUUCCUGUUUUGUUUUUUACACUG